UCCGAUGCCGCCGGGCCGGGCAGUGCCUCGGGCAGUGCCGGACACCAGCUGUCGCCCUGUCGCGCUCGGGCUUUGGCGAGCUCUCCAGCACCCAGCGCCUCCAAUGCACCCAGCACGCCCCAGCAGCGACGCGACGGGCAGCCGGCUGGCUAUCGGAGGUCUUUUCGGAUCACAAGACAAGAAACGGAGCCCAGUGCGCGACGGGGCCGAGCGCUCCGGGGUGUAAGACAGAAAGACGGCCCAUGCCUCCCUCGCCCGGCGCGGCAGAUAGCGUUGCUUAAAAGGCCGCGCGCCGCACUGCCUCUGUUCAGUCCACACCGCUGGCAUCAUGAGAAACUCGCUGCGCUUAUCUACGGCCUUGGCGGCCGCGCUGGUGGUGCUGCAGGGGCUGCAGGUGCUGCAGGGGGUGCGUGCCGACGACGACGUCUGCGGCGGCGAGGAGGGCCAGGUGUGCGUGGGCUGCAACAUGGUGGCCGUGUGCCUGCGCCUCAACGGCGUCGACGUCACGGUGGCCGCCAGCACGCUGUGCCCGGAGGACAAGCAGUACUGCGCGAACGGCACCUGCGUCGCGGACAUGUCCCCCGAGAACGACUGCGGCGUGGUGCCGACGGCGUCGGCGAGCGCGGCGUCGCCCUUCCGCUGCCCCGCCGGCCACUCGGGGUACCUGCCCGACGCGCGGGACUGCUCGCGCUACUGCCAGGACGGCGAGGGCUGGGACCUGGCGUGCAAGGUGCAGCCCAGCACCGUGUACCAGCACUCCAGCGCGUCCUGCGUGCCGGCCUGGCAGACGCCGUGCGCCCCCGCAGUGGACUGCCCCCCGGACGCCAACCGCACCUACUCGCUCUACGGCCAGGACAACGGCGUGGCGUUCCGGUGCGAGCAGGGCGUCGUGGACGUGCUGCUGUGCCCCGCCGACCACCGCCUGGACCUGGAGGCGGCCGUCGAGGACUCGGUGCAGGAUCCCCCUUGCGUGCGGUUCUGCCCCCGCAGCGGGCGGCAGGCUGUGGCCAGGGACGACACACUGUACUACGAGUGCCUGGAGCUCGGCGACGGCCGCAUGGGCCACCCCGUGCUCACGGCCUGCCCCGACGGCACGCGCUUCGACGCCGCCCUGGAGCGCUGCCUGCUUGUUGCGCGCAAUGACUUCUAAUAAAGCAAUUGUAGGAAUUUGUGUCUACCCGCCUGGCUUUGGGGUGGAUCAGUUUGGCCUACCUCUCAGUCGAUCUCUUUCCUUCUUAUACCAAUAUCUUGUGUAAACCCUGAAUCUAAAAGGUCAUUUUGAAACGCGCCUCUUCCGGGCUCAUUGUGUCCUUUUCAGAAUUUUGAAAAUUAAAAGAAAAAUGGAACUCUA